UCCAAAUUCCGGAGCAAAUCCUCUGCCUCUCUCCAUAAAUAAAUUUGCUUUCUUUUCCACUUUUAUUUGCAGAUCCCCACCACUCUCUCUCUCUAAAAAGUCAGCGCCUUCUUUUGCAAAGAAAUGGAGGAGGACUGGGAUCUCCACGCCGUCGUUAGAGGCUGCGCCGCCCCCGUCUCCACGAACAACAACGCUGUAUCCUUUCAACCUCUCUACACUCAUCAGCAGGACUUGUCCGCCUCCUGCUUCGAAGAUCUGAGCCCAAACGGCGUCGUUCAAGAAGAGCUUCAUGAUCUCUACAAACCUUUUUUCCCCAACUCACAAAUCCAUCUCGUAUCCAAAGAUCCGCCGCCGCAAAUAGCGAAGCAAUUAAGCCCGCAGAUUUACCCAAGGCAGCAGUCUUUCUCUGUUUCUAAUGGCUCAAAAACUAGUUCAUUUCACACUCCCACCACAAGCUCCAAACGAAGAAAAAACUACACCAAGAAGGUAUGCCACGUGGCUGCCGAGAACUUAUCUUCCGACGUGUGGUCGUGGAGAAAAUACGGCCAGAAACCCAUUAAGGGCUCUCCAUAUCCAAGGGGUUAUUACAGAUGUAGCACCUCAAAAGGUUGUUUGGCAAGGAAGCAAGUGGAGCGGAAUAGAUCCGACCCGGGAAUGUUCAUAGUAGCCUACACGGCGGAGCACAACCACCCCAUGCCCACCCACCGGAACUCACUCGCCGGAAGCACCCGUCACAAGCCAGAGGAGGUUCCCACCUCUGCCGGGCCCACCAAGGAUUCUUUAGAGACCAGCAGGGAGGAUGACUUGGCAGAAGCCAAUGACGAUGACGACGCUGUGUUUAGUGCUUCUGAGAUGGCGUUGGACGACGAUUUCUUCUCCGGUUUGGAGGAUUUCACAGCGGCGUCUCCCGAUGCCGGCCACUUGCGGUACCCGUGGCUGUCGACUACCGCAACCACCGCCGGCGGGAGUUGACCGGUGGAGAAGAAGUGAUUAAAUAGUUAGAUGCUAUUCUUCUCACACACGUAGUAUUUUGUAACAAGUCAACAUCUUUUAGCCUUUUCUUUAUUUUGUUCUUGUUGUAAAGAAUCUAGGCAUCACAGUGUUUUUUUAAUAAAUUAGUUUUUCAACAUGUAAGAUGGAAGAUUACAAAAAAGGCAGAGGCUCUAUGCCGUUAUGCGUAGUGAAAUGAUGAUUAAGAUUAUGCUUAA